AUGACACUUACACCAUCAUCAGGGUCACCAUUACUAGAUCCUUCGCAGAGGGCAUCGUUGUACGUGAGUGAUCUGCACCUAGAUGUGACGGAGAAGGAUCUAUUGCUGGUGUUUAGCGAGGUUUCCUGGAGUGACCAAGAAAAUGGGUACUCUGUUUAUUGCCGUUUUUCUAGAUCUUUAAGUUGUUUGGUAAUGUGGUGUUUUGAAACAAUUAAGACACAAGGGACUUUCAUUUUAUGGGUUACUUUAUUAUUCCUAAUUCAAGAAAUUGUGAUAUUUUGGGUUUGUUUUCCUUCAGCCAUUCACGUUGUUUUGAGAAUCAAGAAAUAUUUAAUUCCUCUCAAAUGGGCUCUGUUUUAUGUUCUAUUACAAGAAAACUUAAACCAUGAAUAUAGACCCUAUCACGAGGAAGACUGGCACUGGGAACCUUUAAUCAAGAAUAUCGACCCUUCAAUUACCAGUGCUCGCUUGCAAGAAGUCUUUGUUAAUUAUGGAGAAAUACUAUCAUGCAAAGUCGCUGAGGAAAAUGGGAAGAGUAAGGGUUUUGGUUUCAUUCAAUUUGAUUCCGAGAUAUCAGCUAUGGCAGCUCUAAAUGCCGUCAAUGGCACCCUGCCGGAAGGCAAGAAGUUAUGGUCGUUUGAGGAUCACCUCAAAGAAAAGUUUUCAGAAUAUGGAAAGGUCUGCAGUGCUGUCACAAUGAAGGAUGAGAAUGGGAAAUCCAAAGGUUUUGGAUUUGUGAAUUUUGAUACACAUGAAGAGGCUACGAAAGCCAUGUAUUUUUUGUAUGAAUCAGGAUCAAAGAAUCUCUUUGUGGGAAGGGCUCAAAAGAAAGCUGACCGGAUGAAGCUUCUAAGACAAGUACAUCGACAUAAUUAUCCAGAGUCAAAGGCUUCAUAA